AUGGUCCGCAACCCAAGAUACACAUUUGAGCUCGAGGAGCUCGUUCGUCGCUACCUGCAAGAGGCUCAAAAUGCAAGCUCCAAGCUAUGCGUCGAGGACUUGAAUCAGCUCAUAACGGCGAACGGGCACGGUGAUGGGUUGGGAAAGGGACAAUUUAACUAUCUGAAAACAAGGUUUCGGAACGGUGAACUUGGGUAUGUUCCUCCCCUUUCUGCUGGUUUACUUGAUCCCUCUGCCGGCCCACAGACGGGCAAUGCCGUGACCAAUAUUCCCAAACCUGACCCGGCUGGCCCAAAGACUCCAGUGAGCCUUGUUGCAACUACUGUCAAGCCAGCCGUUAUUCCUGACCGGCCUGUCAAACCUACACCUCAACGACCCGCCCCAGAGGCCCCUCCGUAUCCCAAAAGCCUCCAAGUCUUUCCCGCCCUUGGGCUGCCACCGACCGGUAGCCACCGCAAGGCAGACUUGGCCUUAUUGCAAUCGAAACGCCCACGCAGCCAUGAAUAUCCGGGAACAACCCACUUUGGGGACACCAGCAGCUCCGGAUCUCCAUCACCAGUGCAGCCGGCGUUGGACUUGUCCAAGGCUUAUGACACAGCCAGGACAUCUGCGCUUCUCCCCUCGAAGCCGCCCGCAGACGUGCUGCCACAGCCGCAAGCCGAGAAGGUGGUAUCGCAGGACCCCAUGAUCGGCCAUGAGCCCACAGGCCCUUUACCGUUUAUGCAGGCUGGUGUGAAGGGACAGAUGAAAGAGGGAGUCAACCAUGAGCCUGGCGACAGUAGCUUUCAAGCUGGCUUUAUGCAGUCUUUCGGUUCAAAAAUUGAAUUGUCUGCUAGUGCCCGCGAGAAACUGAGGAUCAUUCUCGAACCAGUCAAGUCUUUUGAACAUCCUCCCCUUGGACUGCUUCCAUCUAGUAUCUUCUUCAAUGCCCCGGGCAAUUGGGGUCAGCAACCGCAGUCAACCAACGCAGCCUCCGGUCCCAUGGAGCAGAGAAUCUCGCAAUCACCACAGGUCCCAGACCAGCAGCCCACGGGCAGCGGCCAGGAACCUCCCCGACCUUCAAACGUUCUUCAAACCACCAAGUCCACAAGUUCCCCCGGAAGCACGACGUUGAAGUCAAACAUGCUGCCGCCAGAUGGACUGACGCACCCCCUGCCAGCCAAACCCGUCAUCGACGCGUCACAGCCAAAGCGGCUCAAGCAGUCAGCCUGGCACGAGCCCGGCUUCUUCUACAUGCCGACGAGCGGUAGCGCCCAGGAAAACAUCGCGAGCGCUCAGAAGGCGAACAUGCGCAUGUCCCAGGCUAGGUCGUUCCCGUCGAGCCCCAUCGUCGGUCCCGCGGGCUAUACUGGUGUAGGCUCCAAGGCCGCCAGCCACGCCACUGUUGGCCUGGCAGGGGGUUUGAGGUCUGAUAUCCUUGGCCCGAACUCUGGCGUGCCGAACCUUGGUGGGCUGGUCAUGCCUGUUGCGCCAUCGGGAACCGGAGGUCAGUCCGGUAGCAAGCGAAGGUUCUCUCACGUGGAGGGCGGAGGUACCGCUCACGGCGGCAAUAGUGAGCUUCACAUGGGUACAGCUGUCCAUCGGCAGGCAGGCGGCGUCGCAAAGCAGGGUUCGACACAUUUUGGUUCCUACCCUCCUCUGGACAUGUAUUCCUCUGGUAAAAAUCCAGCUUCUGGUGGAAACACCCAGGACUUAAAUCAGCAUGGCAACAAUGGACAUACUUCUGCUACCCGCAGCGGCCGAAUCGAGUCGAGAAGCUUUGUUCUGGGCGCCGGCAAAGACGGCGUCAAAAAAGAGCCCGUCAAGUCAGAGUGGUCCAAAAGCCCUACACAGCUCUUGGUCCUUUCUCCCCACACGGAGAAUGAAGAGAAGAUCUUGUCAGGGCAGCCAAGCGGCAAUUCCACUGCCGAGAACCCUGAUGCAGAUACUGUCAUGACGGAUGAUGCCCUGGCCGGCCUGUCAAAAUAUACAGACGAAGAGCUUUCCGCUGCCGCUAUGAUGGACAACGACGUUAUUGCGCCGGACAACAGUCUUGUCGCGACUGGAGGCGGAACAGGUGAGUGCGGGGGCCCCUUUACUCGACGGCUGGCUUACCAAGGACCUGCUGUACUACAUGCUCAACAAACAAACAGUCAAGAGAAGUCCACUAACCCUGUAACAUUGCCACGGAACCGUCUAGCGUAUCCUCCAGCCGAGAAUCACAUCGGCUGCGGCGCUCCAUCGGGCAUAAUGCCCAAAAACGCACCAAACCUCGACGCUGAGCCCGCACCCAUACACUACGUCGCGCCGCCGGAUCCGGGACCUGUGGAUGUGUACCUGUGCGGUCCUGGCGCCGGGCCGUGCCCGAUCUCGUCGGCCGUCGUCCACUUCCACUGCCGGCGCAACGGAACCGUCAUCUUUAGUGGCAUGGGCGACUUCCAGGUGGCGGCCAUCAUGUAUCAGCGCUCGGAGCAGUGGCAGAGCCGCGCGGGGCCGGAUGCGGUGAAUGCAGCUGAGAUUUGA